AUGGAAAAGACCAACAUCACCGCUGUGGCGAUCAGUGUUACAGUACUACUCCUUGUAUGUAUGUUUCUGGCGGUAUGGUAUAUUUUUUUUAGGAAAGGUAAGAUGCAAGUUGGUAACUACAUUGUUUGAUUGUUUUAAAGUAUACGGAGUAAAUAAGUAAAGAAUAAACUAUAGUAUAAACCAGAGAUGUUUUAGUUCCAUAGUGAGUUGAUUGACUUGAAUACAGUAAAUGAUUUCUGGAGAUACAAAAUAGUGUGUAAAAAAAACCAACUAAUAACAUUUAGUACCCUUAUAAAAUCACUAAACAUCAAAUUGUGAUAAGUUAAAAAACAUAUAUAAACACACAGAGUUAAGCCCUCGGCUCAAACUCAUACUACUCUUGGGCGGCAGCAUUGGCUAUAGUUUUCAUCAGCCCAAAUAUAUAAACAAAAGUAAAAUAUCUGAAAUCCCUGUAGACAUUUAAAUAUCAGAGGUUUUUAGUAAAAAAUUUAAUUUUCAUUUAUACCAUAAAAAGUCCAGUUUAAGCAUUUUGAUAAACAGAUUAGACACCCUUAGUGCAUUUUCCCCAUCUAUGUGUACAUAUAAUAAUGAUUAUGUUCAUGUAUUUUCACAGUGCCACCAGUGCUUUCAAACAUUACUGGAAAUGAAACUCUUGUUCAUAAGAAUAGAGCGACUUUAUCAUGUCAAAUCACAAAUUUCCGACCAAGCGCAAUUGAGAUUUCUGUAUAUCUGGAAAGGGUAGGGGGAAGCCUAGUGAUGGUGGGCCAGUGGAAAUCAGGGGAGCAACUCAGCAAUGGAAAUAAUACAGCACCAAAAACAAACAUUAUCCAGGGAGAUUACCAACUGGUUUCUGUGGUAGGACACGAAGAUGGGCUCAGUAAUGGCAACACUGUUCUAAUGCCCAAGAGAACAAUAGAGCUAGAACUAAUUGCCAACAUGAAAUCAAAUAAAACGGACCGUACCUCAAGCUGCCAGUGUUCCAUUCAUUUAACUCCAGACAUAGAUGAAGAUAAUAAUGCGCGUCUGUUGCUGCAAGUCAAACAUGCAUCUCUGAAAACACCGCAAUCCAUAGACUGUAUAUUGAAGGUGAAUGGAGGUAAGCAUGAAUCAUCUAUUGAUCUACUUUAAUAAAUAAACAGUUUUUCAGAUAUGUAACAGUAGGUAGAGCUUGUCAAUCAAGUCAUCUUCGACAAAAUUGUUAAAGGGACACUAUGGUCACCAAAACAAAGCUAGCUUAAUUAAGCAGUUUUGGUGUAUAAUCAUGGUCCUGCAGUCUUACUGCUUAAAGGACCACUAUAGUGCCAGGAAAACAUACUUGUUUUCCUGGCACUAUAGUGCCCUGAGGGUGCCCCCACCCUCAGGGACCUCCUCCGACCGGGCUCUGGGGAGAGGAAGGGUUUAAAAUCUUAACUUUCUCCAGCGCCGGGCAAGGGAGCUUUCCUCCUUCUCUCCUUCUUCCUAGCGACGUCAUCGGCUGAAUGCGCAUGCGCGGCAGGAGCUGUGCGCGCAUUCAGUCAGUCUCAUAGGAAAUGUGCAACAAGGAAAAAUAAAGGCUGCACCAUGAUAAAAAAUACUUAAAGUAUAAAAAUACAGCAAAAGAUAAAAAAUAUAAAUAGGCCAAUGGAAUGUCUGAGGUUAGAUAGACUUGGUCUCUGUAUUUGCUGGUAGAGUGUCCUCUAUGUUUCUAGUAGUUCAAAUCGUCUCGUGAUAUGGAAGACACAAGGAGAAAGGACCAAUCGUGCAGAGUGUAUAAGGUGAAUGUUAAAUAGAUUAGAAUAUAAAUGGAACACUCACAUUUAAAUGAGCUAUGGCCAGCUCAGGUGUAACAGGCAUACGGCGGAAUGAUCCCUGCUUAUAGGAUAUGUGGAUGCUUGUCCUCCAGAAUAUAAUGAUGUCCAAAAAUGGAGUGCAGGCGUCACUGCACUUUAGUAGUAGCAUUGGUGGUAUAAUCCCCACCUCAGGAUAGGUAAAAAAAAUGAAUAAAAUGCCAGGAAAAUAAAAUAGUGUGUAAGAAUGUAAUUAUUAUGUAAAAUACACAAUAUUAAAACCAUUAACGCGUUUCACCACUAGGGUUUUAUCAUUUUGAUUUACAAUGCUUUCCUAUGGACGCUGGCGUCUUCUCACUGUGAUUUUCACAGUGAGAAGCACGCAAACGCCUCUAGCGGCUGUCAAUGAGACAGCCACUAGAGGCUUUAGAGGCUGGAUUAACCCUCAGUGUAAACAUAGCAGUUUCUUUGAAACUGCUAUGUUUAUAAAAAAAAAAAAGGGUUAAUCCUAGCUGGACCAGGCACCCAGGCCACUUCAUUAAGCUGAAGUGGUCUGGGUGCCUAUAGUGGUCGUUUAAUCCUCUAGGAUUUAAAUCACAUUGUUUAUGCAGCCCUUGUCAUACCUCCCAGCAUGUGAUGUACACAGCCUUCCUAAACACUUCCUGUAAAGAGUCAUCUAAUAUUUACACGUCCUGUAUUGUAAAUUCUGUUUAAUUUAGCAUUUCUUAUCUCCUGUUCUGCUAACAGCUUGCUAGACGCUGCAGGUACCCCCUGUAUGUAAUUAAAGAUCAAUUUACAGAGCAGGAGAUACAAAUUUUUAACUCCUUAAGGACACAUGACAUGUGUGACAUAUCAUGAUUCCCUUUUAUUCCAGAAGUUUGGUCCCUAAGGGGUUAAAUUAAGUUACAUCUAAUUUAAAAUGAAACCAUUUUGUUUUCAUGCAGGCUGUGUCAGUCACAGCCAGGGAAGGUGUGUCUAGGGCUGCAUAUACAGAAACAAAAAUGAUUUAACUCCUAAAUGGCAGUGAAUUGAGCAGUGAAACAUCAGAGGCAUGAUCUAUAUACAAAAACCGAUUCCGUAAGCUGAAGUUUUCAUGGUGACUACAGUGUCCCUUUAAAAUAUUUGAGAAAAGCUGAUAUAUCUUAAAAAACUGUAACACUUUUUUAAAUGCUUUUCAGUUUUUAGAUGUUUGGGGUAUUUUACUAAAGCAGGAAUUGUCGAAACCAUCAUAGCCUAUACAAACUGAAUUCUUUGUAAAGCCACAAACAGAGGAGAAAAAUAUGGUUAAUAGUUUUGUCUUUAAGUAGUUUGUCAAUGAUCACUGUAAAUGUAUAUCUGUGCUUAUAAUUCUUUAGUUUCUCCAAAGUUAUCUGAAAUCGUGGCUCCUCUGCAUAUAAUCCACGAAGAUUAUCUGACCCUCACCUGUGCCAUCAAUGGGUUUAAACCACGACCGUUGAAUGUCAAGUGGUUGAAAGUGGAUGCAGCUGAUGGCACCGGUCACAUGACGGAACUUAUGUCUUCUGAUCAGGAUGGACAGCAAAUACAAGUUGCCAAAUAUUCUCACAAACAACUUGAAACGGCCAGUGAUGAUGACCACACGUACAGCAUUCUAAGUACUCUGACCAUGAAGCCCACCAUAAAAGAAGAUCACGGUGCAAAAUAUAUCUGUAGGAUCUUUCACCCUUCGACGGGCAAAUUUAUAGAAAAAAGCGUGGAUAUGGAGGUUUCAGGUGCGUUACCAUGAUAUUAUAAUAAAGAUCUUUAAAUCAAACUAAUCAUUUAACUAUCACUAAACUAGAAAUGCCUUAGGUCAAUUAGGCAAAUCCUUUCUUAGAAUUUCUUGAACUAAUGAAUGUUCACUAUUUUCCUUAAUGGAACACAGUACUAACUUCCAGUUUAUUAUAUUUCAGCUGUAUAUAUAUGCCCUCUUUAUUUCAAAGGUAUAUGCUAAUCCAAGUGGACCUGAAAUAUGGUAAUGUCAUAUGACAUAGUAAUAUUGAGUAUUAUUACUUUCAGUUCUUUAUAAAAACUCACAGUGUCCAAAUUGCUCUCAGGUACCCAACUAAACAUUAUUCUAGACCCAGAGAAAUCCCUUAUGUGUGAGGCAGGGAAUUGUUAUGUCACAAGUUGAAUAGAUGUGGAACACAACUGCAGAUUAGAAAAUUCCUUUAUUUUAAUAGCGUGGAACUAAUGGUAGGGAAAAAAAGUCCUGUAAGUAAGCACAAUUACUGUAGCUUUAAGGAUCCCUGGAUGUUGGAAGCAAUUAGAUGAAAGCAAAAGCAAUUGUAGCAGAUACAGUGGCAACACAGUUGUCAGAAUGGAGCCGAAGAGGAUUUGACAGGUAAGUCCUGACAGGAAUAGAGUUCUGCCCAGCUAGAUGUCGCAUUCAUUGCCAGAGGAAAAGUAGUUAGUUCAAAAUAACAUGGAUUUUGUGCUUUUUAUUUUUUUAGACACAUAUGAACUCUACAUGCUAAUAGGCAGCACUCUUUGUGCCCAGAUGGUUCAAACCCUUACCCUAAAACCAUUGUGCAUGAGCAGAGCAGAGCCAGGGCAAACAGGACCAGUGCAAGACUAUUUUGUGCCCUAGGCAAGACCAGCUACUUGCAACCCCCCUUCAAAAAACAAAAAUUGCCAACUUUGUGUGUCUAUUUUUUCUCCCAGCCCCUUUGUGUGUCUUUUCCCCAAGCCCCAUUGUGUGUUUUUCUCUUCCCAGCCCCUCUGUAUGUGUCUUUGCCCCCCCACCACUCUAUCUCUCUAUGUACCCCCAGCCCCUAUGUAAACCUCUUCCACCACAUGCCUUUUUGCACCUCUCCCCCCCCUCCAGCCUUCUGUGUGCCUCUCCCCCCAGCUCUUGGUGCUUCUCCACCCGCCAGCCCUUGGUGCUUCUCUCCCCUUUAAGCCAGCUGUAAGUCUCUCCACCCCAUAACUCUGUGUGCCUCUUCCCCAUCUUCAGCCCUCUGUGUGCCAAUGGCCCUUUAUGUGAGUCCCCCGUGGCAGAUCCUUCCUCCUGCAGCCCCCCCCCGGCCAUGUGAGAGUGAGGUCCUUGCGAGGACCUCACAGUCACAUGGCCGGGUUAGCUGCCUGCUGCAUUGCCAGCAGGGGGACUGCCUGUAAUGACAGUUAGUCCCCCUGCUGGCUGGAAAUAAAAUAAAAUUAAAGUUAAUAAGUGUAAAAAAAUAAAAUAAUAUACUUAGAUCAUAUAUAUAUAUAUAUAUGAUCUAAGUAUAUAUAUAUAUACACAUAUACAUACACACACAUACACUGUCUAGGUGUAUUUUACUAUUAAUAUAUAUAUAUAUAUAAAUAUAUAUCUAUCUAUCAAAUUACACGUAGACUGAUACUGAUUAAAUAUAUAUAUAAUUAUUGUUAUAUAUAUAUAUACUUAUAUAUAAUAUUACAAAAAUGUAAAUACGUGAAAAAAUAAAAUUCAAAAAAUUAUUAAAAAUAAUUUAAAAAUAUAUAAAUGUGUGUUAUUUCGUUCUAACUGUAUUGUGAUAUUAAUAUAUAUAUAUUUAUAUCAAAAUACAUGUAGAACGAAAUAAUAUAUAUCUAUAACAUAAAUAUAUAUGUAUAUAUCACUAUAUAUACCUAUAUAUAAAUACAAAUAUUUUAAAAAAUAUAUAUAUAUAUACAUAUAUAUAUACACAUACGUAUAUAUAUACACAUAUAUUAAUUCUACAUAUAUAUUUAUGUAAUAUUUUUACAUAAUUAGGUAUCUUAAUUCAUUACAAUUAGCGGGACCUGCCUGACAACCCAUGCCGAAAGUAAAGGGAAUUUAAUUUGCUAGCACUAUAUUUAACCCUAUAACUUUCCAAGACACCAUAAAACCUGUACAUGGGGGGUACUGUUCUACUCGGGAGUCUUCACUGAACACAAAUAUUAGUGUUUCAAAACAGUAAAAUGUAUUACAACGAUGAUUUGCACGCACAAACUGCACUUACACGGACAAUAUUAUUGCCGUGAAACUUUUUACUGUUUUGAAACACAAAUAUUUGUGUUCAGCGAAGUCUCCCGAGUACAACAGUACCCCUCAUGUACAGGUUCUAUGGUGUUUUCAAAAGUUACAGCGUCAAAUAUAAGGCUUGUGUUUCAUUUUUUUCACAUUAAAAUUCGCCAGAUUGGUUACGUUGCCUUUGAGACCCUAUGGUAGCCCAAGAAUGAAAAUUACCUCUAUGAUGGCAUACCAUUUGCAAUAGUAGACAACCCAAGGUAUUGCAAAUGGGGUAUGUCCAGUCUUUUUUAGUAGCCACUUAGUCACAAACACUGGCCAAAAUUGGCGUUUUUUUGCAUUUUUCACACAUAAACAAAUACUAACGCUAACUUUGGCCAGUGUUUGUGACCAAAUGGCUACUAAAAAAGACUGGACAUACCCCAUUUGCAAUACCUUGGGUGGUCUACUAUUGCAAAUGGUAUGCCAUUAUGGGUGUAAAUUUUAUUCCUGGGCUACUAUACAGUCCCAAAGGCAACGUAACCAAUCUGGCGAAUUUCAAUUUCAAAUGUAACGUGCUACAUUUGACCCUGUAACUUUCCAAAACGCCAUAAAACCUGUACAUAGGGGGUACUGUUUUACACGUGAGACUUUGCUGAAUACAAAUAUGUGUAUCUUAUUACAGUAAAAGCAAACAGUAUUAUGACAUUGACAGUUAAAAUGUCAUGUAGAACUAACAAAAUAACAACAUUUCUUAUUUUCUCCCAUUUUUUUCAUAUUAAAUUAUGUUUCAUACCUAAAUAUUUGAUAUUAAAUGAAAACCCUGUUUCCCCUGAAUAAAAUGAUAUAUAAUAAGGGUGGGUGCAUUUACUAUGAAAGAGGUGAAUUACGGUUGGACAGACAUGUAGCGCAAAUGCCAGGUUUUGUUUACGUUUUGUUUUGUUCACAACGUGUACAUUUGGCUCAGUCCUUAAGGGGUUAGGGGGUUAAAUGUUUUGAUUGUCAAGUGACAUCUUUGUUUAUUUAAAGAUUUAUUAAAAGAUUUUAUUCACUAAGCGCUGCCACAUAUUGUUAAGUAAUUACACUAACAUGUUCAUAUAAGUGAUAACCAGAGAAAUCCCGUUUCCACCAUCCAAAUAUUUAUAUAAUUUUUUUCUGUCUGUAGCUAAACCUGUGCUGGAUCCAAUACAGAGCUACCAAGAUGAGACACAAGGACCAUUGUGUUUGGAGAAUAAUAUUGAACUCUCGUGUCAAAUUCAUUCCUAUUAUAACCGGCCACUGACCGUUACCUGGUACAUGGGCGACACCAUCCUCCCAUUCAAAAACAGUGAAAUACUUACUGAUUCAUGUGGACUCUUUUACUUUACCAGUAACGUAUCAUACAGGCCUCAAAUAGAGGACAUUGGGAAGAAAUUUCGGUGUGAAGUUGCCCACAAGAGUCUUGAAUCCCCCAUAAGUCAAAGCUGGACACUAAAAAACCUGAGUGAGUAUCAUGAAUAAUUACUGUGUGAUCCUUAAUUGGUGCCAGAAAGGUUAGGUUAUUCACAGUUUUCAAACUGCUGUGUGGUUACAUGUGAAGGGUUUUUCUAAAAUCUAUAGAUAAGUAGAACCGACCAUUAUGGCAUGCGCUAAAUCAAAGCCUCAGAAUUUGCUGAAACUUGAAGGGACACUAUAGGCACCCAGAUUAAUUGAAACGGUCUGGGUGCAGAGCCUUUGUAUGUUUAACAUGUCAAUGUAAAACAUUACAGUGAGAUAUGACAAUGUUUACAUUGCAGGGCUGGUCCAACUCUAGUGGCUUUCUACCAGACAGCCACUAGAGGCGAUUUCUGUUCCAUAAAGGAAGUUUACUCCUUGAAAUGACGUUGGACGUCCUCACGCUUUGCAUAAAGUUAUCUAACAUCUUCAAAUUCCCCAUAAAAAAGCAUUGAUACAAUGCUUUCCUAUGGGAAAGCGUUAAUGUGGCAUUGCAGGUGACAUAGGAGACAUAGCCAGCGUAGAGGGUGCCUCAGUAUUGUAAUUAAGAUAAUGUAAGCAAGAUCGUUUACCUUUAGCAGGUCGGACAGUGUGGGGGACCUAAUAAGUUGGGGAAAGGGACAUUAUAGCAUCAGGAAUUCAGAUUGUUAUUCCUGUAGUGUUUCUUUAAAGGACACUCCAGACCCCUAGAGCAGUUUAGCUUGCUGAAAUGCUUUAUGUGUGAAUAGUCCUCUUUUUUUCAUUUUACAAAAAGCGCAGAUUUUAAUGGAAAUUAUUUUGAAAAACGUUUAAAUAAAUUAACCUUGUUACACCCCCUGGCUGUCAAUUAAACAAUCAGUCCUAUUCAGGGCUCGAGUCCUGCAGGAACGCAUGGGAACGGUGUUCCUGCACUUUUUCCACAGCAGGAACGCCGUUCCCGUUACCUGUCCUGCAGCACCGGCCCUGCUCCCUGCACUGAGGGGCCGUCACACGCUGUGUUCCUUCUCCAGCUAUAACUCUCGCGAGACCCGCGGCUGUUACCAUGGCAACGCUCCGCACAGGCGAGUCUCGCGAGAGUUAGAGCUGGAGAAGGAACACUGCGUGUGAUGGCCCCUCUGUGCAGCGGCUGGCUCCCUCCAGCAUACCACCGGACCACCAGGCGAUCUCCCCCCUCCCUGACAAGGUAAGAAGCAGGGAGGGGGGAAUAAAAUAAAAUAAAUAUACAUACACAUAAAGUAAGAAAAAAAUGCUCCCCCCCCCCCACACACAUCAUCCAGCACUCACACACCCAUCAUCCAGCACACACACACCCAUCAUCCAGCACACACACACACACACACAUCAUCCAGCACACACACACCCAUCAUCCAGCACUCACUCACACCCAUCAUCCAGCACCCACACACACACCCAUCAUCCAGCACACACACCCAUCAUCCAGCACACACACACACCCAUCAUCCAGCACUCACACACACAUCAUCCAGCACACACACACACACAUUCAGCACUCACACACACAUCAUUCAGCACUCACACACCCAUCAUCCAGCACACACACACCCAUCAUCCAGAGACUCCACACACCCAUCAUCCAGCACACACACACCCAUCAUCCAGCACACACACACAUCAUCCAGCACACACACACCCAUCAUCCAGCACCUCACACACACACAUCAUUCAGCACUCACACACACACUCAUCCACACACACACAUCAUCCAGCACACACACACACAUCAUCCAGCACUCACACAAACACCCAUCAUCCAGCACACACACACACUCAUCCAGCACUCCACACACACAUAAUCCAGCACACACACACACACACACACAUCCAGCUAAUCGCACACACACAUCAUCCAGCACACACACACACAUCAUCCAGCGCACACACACACAUCAUCCAGCACUCGCACACACAUCAUCCAGCACUCGCACACACAUCAUCCAGCACUCGCACACACAUCAUCCAGCAAACACACACAUAUCAUCCAGCACUCACACACACGUCAUCCAGCGCGCACACGCACACACUGCAUUCAUUAUACACACUCUUCACUCACUACAAACACACUACAUUCACUAUACACCCUCUGCAUUCACUAUACACACUCUGCAUUUAUUAUGCACAUUCUGCACUCACUACACACUACAUUCACUAUACACACCCUGCAUUCACUACAAACACACUACAUACACUGCAUUCAGUGUACACACUCUGCACUCACUAAAAACACACUGCAUUCAUUAUACACACUCUGCAUUCACUACAAACACACUACAUUCAUUAUACACACCCUGCACUGCACUAUAUGCAUAGGAGUGUAAUUUUUUUUUUUUUAAAGGGGGGGGAGCGGCGGGAAUCUUGGGUGAGUUCCCACACUUUUUUCCCCAGGACUUGACCCCUGGUCCUGUUACUUACUGUUUGGUUAUCUCAGUGGAGCUAAACUCAAGAGGCAGCAAUUGCCCAGAACACCUGCCUUGCAAAGACUACUCAUUGAGCUGCAUAGGGAAGCCUGUGAUUGGACAGCCACAGAAAGUCUGGUUUUAGAUAUAACCCAAAUGAAAACAAAUGCAUACAUGUUUUCAUUGUGAGUCUAUCUACUACUUAGUGACUGAUUCUCUUUUAAUUUGGGCAGUGGAGUGCCCCUAUGUAAAUUAUGUCAGUACUAGUUUGAUUAAAUUGCCAUUAUUUUAGCAAACGCAGGUUAUCAAAUUUUAAACUUUUAAGUUGGUUAAAGGAACAUGUUAGAGGGAUCUAAUGUAUAUUUACAUUUGAGCCUCCUCCAAAUAGUGAACUAAAGCAUUAUAACUUACCUUAAACCUUGUCGUCUCAUAAGGCAGCGUUUACAUUUCUGCCGGGGCAGUCUCUUUGCCACAGAACUACAACAUUAAGCUUUAAUGAUUAUGUCCCUUUAAGCACAAACUCAAAAUUUGAACUACGUGCCGUUUUUUUUUUUUAAAUUCAAUUUUAGUAUGCACAAUGGAGGAAUUGUAAUGUUCUUCUUUGAGGCACAGAUACAUUUCACAAUAGUUUAUUCAAUCACACAUUUUUAGAUGUUUUCUUGCUAAUUGUUGGGGAUUUCUCUUUAACCUGUUGAUUUUUAACUAUGGUAAAAGUUUCUAAUUUAUCCACCUUGACAUUUAUAUCUUUCAGUCUCUAGGCCAAAAAUAAGCAAUAUACAAUGUCAACCUGAAAACCCUGCUUGUAGGAAACCUGUCACUAUAUCAUGUACAAUCAGAGACUUCUACCCUGAAAAAAGUGACAUUAAAUGGUACCGGGGUUCAAAGGAGUUAACUAAUGAAGUAGAUACAGAAGGUGCCCAAAAAGACACAACUUCUGGCUUAUUCUCCAGAACCACAAAUCUGCGAUUUACACCUUCAGAGGAAGAUCAAAGUGCACAGUUUAUUAUGAGACUCUUUCACUGUGGAAUAAACACAGAGAAGAAAUUUAGCCUGCAAUUAGAAGGUAUGCCAUUUAAUUAAUAUUGUUUAUACUAUAUAUAACGCAUUAACAUGCUGCUGCCAGGCGGAUUUUUCUCUCGCAUCGCUUCUCUCACACCUCACCCCUCUGUCAAUCUUUACAUUGCCUUCCUGUACCCUAUAGCAUUGAAUUGAAAAUACUAACCUUACGUAUAAAGUUCUAAACAACUCUACCCCUCGCUACAUUUCUUCACUAAUUCAUAGCUAUGCAUCUUCUUCUAUUCAUUCUAUUCUUUCGGUGACCUUCUCCUAUCCAUUGCUCAUACCCUCAAAUCACAUCACUUUAGAAUAGCCUGUAACCUCCUAGAGGAACUUUUAUUCCACAAAUCUAUCUUUUGUUCACUCUUAAAAGGCCGCACCCCUCUCUCACCUUCUAAUUUUGCAACUAUCCCGUCGCUUAAUUGCUAUCCAUUACAUUGCCCUUUGUAUUGUGUUUUUAUACCCCACCCCACUCUUUUAAAUUGUAAACUAUUUCGAGCAGGGUCCUCAUCAACCAGUAACAUUUUGUAAUUGUGUAAUUUAGUGUUAAACUUCCACCUUUAUAAUAUUAUAAAGCACUGGGGCAUAUGUUGACGCUAUAUAAAUAAUAAUAAUAAUAACAACAUAUCAUGCAGAGUAAUGCUGGGAGAGAAUGUAGUCACAUUUUGGGGUCUAUUUGCAAAGGCACUUGGAAAAAUGUAUAAAUGUGUAUAAAUUGCUAUAAAACUACAAUCAUUAAUUCAUGACUUUUAUUCAGUAUUUCAUACAAUACACAAUACAUAAAAUAUUUUCAUCUCACAGGGAUUCCAGUUAUUAAGAAUGUUACCUGUGGUACAAGUCAUCCAACGUAUGAAGUUCCACUGACUCUUUGCUGCGACGUAGUGAACUGUAAUCCCGCAGAUAUCAGCGCUGAGUGGUUAGAGAAUAACACGCGGGUUGAAAGCAGUGACAGAGCAACAACUAAGGAAAACCACCAGGAUAAGCUGAAAUCAUUUCUGCUCCAAGUAAUCCCUACAGCUGAGGACCUCACAAAGAAGUAUACCUGUUUGGUAAAACACAAGGAUAUGCAAAACCCGCUUGGGAAAGCAUCUACAUUUUUAAUUCUUCCAGGUACGAACAUGGAUUUUUAUAAUGUAUGUAGGGAAUAUGAAAACCUACCAGGUAACCUAUGGGUGAGAACGUUUGAACAUACCUCUUACAUGUGAAGCAUUUUUACAAAGGAUUUAUGUGGAGAAGGCUGCAUACAGAUGAAUGACAUAAUCUUAUAUUAAAGGGAUACUCCAGGCACCCAGACCACUUCUGCCCAUAGGAGUGGUCUGGGUUCCAACUCCCACUACCCUUAACCCUGCAACUGUAAUUAUUGCAGUUUUUAUAAACUGCAACAAUUACCUUGCAUGGUUAACUCCUCCUCUAGUGGCUGUCUACUAGACAGCCACUAGAGGGCACUUCCGGGAUUAUAUCACAGAUUAUCGUUAUGUGAGGACCUCCUGCAUCGCUAAAAUCCCCAUAGGAAAGCAUUGAAAUUAUUUUCAAUGCUUUCCUAUGGGGAGGUCUAAUGCGCGUGCGCGGCAUUGCUGCGCAUGCGCAUUAGGUCUCCCCCCACCAGCAGGUGGGAUCAGUCUGACGUGGGGAUGGGGGUGAACGUGGGCGGACCAAGAAGACACGGCGAGGGACAUCGUCGCUGCCUCUGGUAAGUCACUGAAGGGGUUUUGACCCCUUCAGCAACCAGGGAUGGGAGGUGGGAGAGGGGACAUGCAGUGCCAGGAAAACUGAUUGUUUUCCUGGCACUGGAGAGUCCCUUUAAGGAACAUCUGCAAUGUAAAAAAUAAUGCAAUUACAUUUUUAAAUUGUGCUACCCAAAUUACCACUGAUUGUAUGGGUGAAAAGGAUAUUUUCUUGAAGGGUAAGUGAGAGUGUCUUUAAAUCUGCAAUGUUACCAGCUCAAUGUAUGGACUACAGGCACAGCAUCACUAUAAAGAUUUGUCUGUAUUUAUUCAUUUUGAAUGACUACAAAAGAAAAAAGAAAAAUACCUGCCCCCAACGAUGUCUGAAACAUUUUAUUUUCAUUUCAUUUUAUGAGCCCCCGCCCCCCCUAAAAAAAACCAACAUCUUCAUUGUGGGCACGUGUGAAUAAGAAGUUGAGCAUAGACCACACAGGGAGGAUGAUAAGCAGCCACACAUUGCAUUUAAAAUUGGGUAAAGUUGGGCUUUGAGGUCUCAAUGGGUACCAUAAUUAUCUUUGUGGCCAACCAUAUUGUGACAGUCUGAGUAGGUAUCACCAUCCUGCAUUCCCUUUUCCCAUAAAAAGUAAUGCUGGGACAAGACUGGUUUAAUGGAAAAACAGGCAUCCAAUGUAUACAUCACUUAACUCCUCCUCUGAGCCAGCGAGAAAAUUGAGUUUUGAGAAAAUACUAAACUCCUGGUCAGAAAAAGUUAAACUUUUUACAUUUUAUAGAAAUACCCCAGAACUACAUAGAAACCCCACAAAAGUCACAUAUCUGGGUAGCUUGUCUCUGUGGGAGCAACAUAUCCAAAUUUCAGCCCAAUCCGUUCGGUAGUUCCCGAACGGCACCAAAGAGAGUUGACCGUUCUGCCACGAGGUCGAAGCUGAGAAACAGUUCCAGAGGAAAGGUAGCAAGAGCCGGCCUCCGUUCAGGGGCUUUAGUACGAAAACCGCAAUAGAUGGAAUAUAUCUGGUUCGUGCUCCUCGUGUUCAGUAGUUUGAAACUUCUGAACGCCGUCCGUCUAAAGUGCUGGGAAUUAGAAAGUAGCAGAGUUCCAUAGAGACCGGUGUUCAUGCAAGUGUGUAGCCGAAAACCGUUCCAGGCACUAGACGACCAAGUCCUGCUGGCCGCGUUCGGGAGACAAGAUGGCUGCCGUCCAUUGUUCUCACCACGUGCGUUCGUAUGCACCUAGGAGCAUUCAAUUAGUCUGCGGUUUUCGAAUUGAUACAUGGUGCUCCACGUUCUAAUUAGUCCCAGAGUGGUCUCGGUUUCGGGAAACAAACAAAUAAACAAAUGUAACUGGAAAAGAACGAAUGCCUGGGGAAAGUUAAUAGCAGGGAGUGCAAAUAGCCGAACGGUGAUGGGGUAUUCCUUCACACAUAUUAAGCUUGAGAACUCAGAAAGACCCACUCUGACAGUGCUAGCAAUAAAGAGCCUGUCACUCUGAAGCCAGCCUUGUUUACGUCAUUUAAUUUUUUAAUGUUAACAUGUCUCUUUCUAUUUGGAUGAACUGCCAUUGUGGGCCAGACUCUAGUGUUAUCUGCAGGUUCACGUAGAGCAAUCACAGCACCAGGUUAGGAUGAGCAGCAGUUGAUCAGAUAACAGUGGAGUUUAAACCAACAUGGUGGCUCUGCCAAAUAAAGUAAGAUUUCUGCAGAAAAAAAAUGUACAUCAUUAAGUUUCUUUAAAUAUAAUUAACUUUUAAAAAUAAGUUCAAAUUUAGUUACAGUGGAUUCAGACGUUUGCAAGGUUUACUUGUUACAAAACCCUUAUAUGAUACAUUUUCCAUUGUACAACCAAUGUAUUUCUAUAUUUAUUCUUCCAGAAAUAUCACCUACUUUGUCUGAGAUCACAGUUUAUCCACUAAAGCCUGAAGUCAACACAGAAACUACUUUUACAAUCAAUAUAUCCAGGUUUGCUCCAAAGCACAUAGAAGUGAAAUGGUUUAAAGGGUUCCAGAUCUUAACCGAAAAUAUUAUAACAUCGGAACAGAAAAUUGGAAAGGGCGGUUUAUUUUGCUGUACAAGUACAUUGAAAUAUACCCCAAAAGUGAAUGAUGAACAGAUUCGUUGUGAAGUGAUUCAUGGGUCCAACAAGAAAAGGCAAGAAAAAUACUAUAAGUUGAAAGGUAGGUUACUAUGCUUUCCCACAUUUGUGUUUUAGUUAUUAAUUUAAUAUUUACAAUGCAUGUAUUGCAUGAUAAGGUAUUUCUUACAGAACAAUGCAAUGAUGUCAUGGAUAGACUGUAUUACCUUAUAAUUAAUGAGCAGUGACCUCAGCGGUUGUAAAAGCUUGUAAUCUAUGGGUAGUGAUGUCAGAGUUAGACUGCAAUAAUGCAUAAUUAACAAGCAGUGAUGUCAGAACCAUCCUGUAAUAGUGCAUAGUAGAUGAACAGUGAUGUCAGCACUAGACUAUAAUCAUUGAUAUGAAUAUUCAUGUCGGAGCUAUAUUGUAAUAAUCUGUAGCCAAUGAGAAGUGAUGUGGAUGACAUAACUAGACUCUAAUAGCUUAGAGUACAUGAGUAGUGAUGUCAUACCAAAGUUACAAAUAAUCAUGUUGAACUAUACUGUUAUAAUUUAUUGAUUCCAGAAAUAGUCUAACAUGUAGAAUAUAAGUUGUUUUGUCAUAUCUAGACUGUAAUACCUUCUAAUCGUUGAGUAGUGAUGUCAAAGCUAUAAUAAUAAUAAUAAAUAAUAAACAGCAAUUUACUGAUGCCAGAACUAGGCAGUAGUACCAUUAAAAUCGAAGAGUAAAUAUAUUAUUACUAAAAUAAUGCAUCAUAAGCGAUUAGUGAUGUCAGAACUAGACCAAUGUGUAAUGAGAUCAUAUCUAUAAUUAUGCGUAAUUAAUGAUUAGUGACAUCCCAACUGGCAUGAGGUUUUGAAAGUUGGGAUGUCUGGACUAGAGUUGUAUUACUGGAUUUGGGAUAGUAGUGGCUAUCCAGCGUGCAGAACAUCCAUAGGAAAGCAUUGAAAAAUGCUUUCCUAUGGACUGUUUGAAUGCGCGCACCGAUCUUGCCGCGCAUGCGCAUUCGGCUCCACUCGUGAGCUGACAACGGCAGGGGGAGGAGAGGCCACCAGCGCAAAGGGAGCCCGGCACUGGAUUAAGGUAAGUGGCUGAAGAGGGUUUAACCCCUUUAGCCCAGCGGGAGGGUGGGGCCUGAGGAUGGGGGUUCCUUAGGAUUAUGUAGUGCCAGGAAGACUGGUUUGUUUUCCUGACACUAUAGUGAUCCUUUAAGCUACGGUUGUUUUAGUGCCUAUAGUGUCUCUUUUAGUAUCUGCUAGGAAACCACUGGGUGUUACAAUUAUAGUAAGAUCCUAUAUAUACUUACAAGAUUAUUUACUAAAGUAAGAAUUGUCAGGCAUUCAAACUGAAUUUCACAUUUAAAAGUGUAGUAGCCGAACUGGAAGGAUAGCUGAUUGGAGAUUUUGUUCCAAUUUGGCUAUUUUGACCUUAAUUUACUUUGAAUUUCCAGCAAUUCUCACUAUAGUAAAUGACCCUUAAAGGACCACUAUAGUGCCAGGAAAACAUACUCGUUUUCCUGGCACUAUAGUGCCCUGAGGGUGCCCCCACCCUCAGGGACCCCCUCCCGCUCCUGGAAGGGGAAAGGGUAAUAACUUUACCUUUUUUCCAGCGCCGGGCGAGGAGCUUCCUCCUCCCUUCCCGCCUCGACAGCUCUCGCCGGGUUGAAUGCGCGACGCUACGCAAGCAGGCUGCGCCAAGAUAAAAGUCAAGAUAGGAAAGCAUUUACAAUGCUUUGACGCUAUGCGUGCUCUCACUGUGAUUUUCACAGUGAGAAGCACGCAAGCGCCUCUAGUGGCUGUCAAUGAGACAGCCACUAGAGGAUUAGGGGGAAGGCUUAACCCAUUCAUAAUUAUAGCAGUUUCUCUGAAACCGCUAUAAUUAUGAAAAAAUGGGUUAACCCUAGAAGGACCUGGCACCCAGACCACUUCAUUAAGCUGAAGUGGUCUGGGUGCCUAGAGUGGUCCUUUAAGUUGCAAUAGGAAACUAACGUAUGUAAUUAUACAGAGAGGAGAGAAAAUAGGACUAAUGGGUUGCAGAUUAUAAACAAUCUGCCUCCCAAAAAGACCUUGUAUCCUUAUAUGAAAAAAGCUACUCUGCUAUUAUAAAUAUAAAAGUGGAGCGCAGAGAGCAAAAAACGAAAAACUCUUUAUUAAUCCCUCUUGGGGGAGAAACACACAGAUACUAAACAAAUAAGUAAUAAAAUUAGGAUCUAAUUGGAUAGAAUCGACUAGUCCAAAAAUAAUAAUAAUAAUAGUAAUAUGGUCAGAAGAAAUGCUAUAAGUAUGUGUGUGGCAGAAUUGCCAUAAAUAGUAGCAAAUAAAGAAAUUUAAUUAAUAACUUGCUAAAAUUCUAACAAGCCCUGGGAUAGCUCUGAGAGCUGGGUGUUGGACUCAUGUCUAAUUGACUGGUUCUUGCAUCAAAGCCAACUGAGGGGUAGGAGAGCGGAAAGAGUUACAGAGCUGGAUUAGUGAAUCUUCUCUUUGGAUCCAUGUUUUGAAUUUUUAUUCUUGGUUGCCCUGAGAAAAGCAAGGGAGAAGAAAAGAAAGACCACCAUCUAUUAUAAUCCCCAGGUUUAUAUACACCAAAAUAGAAGGGGGGUAGCAAAAAAAAUAAAUAAGAGGAAGCACAAAACUAUAUAACUUAGACUAAUUGGUCUUCACAGAAUAUUUAGAAACAUAGACAUAGAAACAUAGAAUGUGACGGCAGAUAAGAACCAUUCGGCCCAUCUAGUCUGCCCAAUUUUCUAAAAACUUUCAUUAGUCCCUAGCCUUAUCUUAUAGUUAGAAUAGCCUUAUGCCUAUCCCACGCAUGCUUAAACUCCUUUACUGUGUUAACCUCUACCACUUCAGCUGGAAGGCUAUUCCAUGCAUCCACUACCCUCUCAGUAAAGUAAUACUUCCUGAUAUUAUUUUUAAACCUUUGUCCCUCUAAAUUAAGACUAUGUCCUCUUGUUGUGGUAGUUUUUCUUCUUUUAAAUAUAUAGUCUCCUCCUUUACGGUGUUGAUUCCCUUUAUAUAUUUAAAUGUUUCUAUCAUAUCCCCCCUGUCUCGUCUUUCCUCCAAGCUAUACAUGUUAAGAUCCUUUGACCUUUGGUAUGUCUUAAUAAACUCUAUCAUGUAGUAAAUAAAAUGAGCCCAGAGAAAACAACAUUAGAGGGAUAUUCAAAAUUAUAUGAAUAGAAUAAUAAAUUGGGGCAUGGAAACAUAAGCCCCACAGUGUGGUUAAAAUAGAAAAUAAAGUGAACAAGGAGAAGUGCAACAAGGAGAAGGCGAUUCUAAAUAAUAGUUUACAAAUAAUCAACCUUUCAUCUCAUCUCCUCACUACUCAAGAAACAAAUGUGCUCUCAAAGGGCCUCUCUUUUGUGCCGGUUCCGCCCUUUAACAGAUUUAUAUGGGUUAAAGACCUACAUUUAUUUGUUAGAAAGUUAGCCUUGUGUAAAUAUCAUCAAAUCAGAACUGACAAAAAGCUAAAAGAUUUGGGUCUCAUUGACAAAGACUAUGACUGUCUUAUGACUUUAAUAUCUCUCCUGGAUGAGAGCGACACAAAUACCACGUUACAACAAACAAACUUAAAACCUUAAAGUCGCUUUACACCUAAUCUGGGGAAUUUUAAGAAUAUUGAAUUCAGUCAAAUUUGCAAUAGAGAACAUCAAUCAUAAGGAUUUGAAUUUCUUUCCCAAUAUGAAUCUUACAAAAUCUGAGAACAAAGCCCUCCAGUCUUUAAAACUGGAUACCACAAUUACGAUCAAACCGGCUGACAAGGGAGGGAAUAUAGCCAUUUUGAAUUCAGCAGACAUAUAAAAAUGACUCUCAAGAUUCUUGACGAUAGAGAUACGUACCAUCUUCUCAGAACAGACCCCACCAAUACAUUCUUACAGGACUACAAAGCAAUUUUGGACAUGGGCCGCAGUAGAGGGGUGCUAUCCAGAGAUGAAUAUGAUUUCAUCCUGAAUAAAUUCCCCAGGAUAGCUACCUUCUACUGCUGCCCAAAGCCAAAAAGCCAUAAUCCCCCUGGGCGCCCCAUAGUUUCGGGUGUUGACAACCUUACCCAAAAUGGUAGUAUUUAUCUGGAUAAGGUUCUCCGCCCAUUUGUGGAAUUGUUACCUUCUUUCAUUCAGGACACCAAGCAAACUUUGGUUCGUUUAUCAAGUCUAACAGUGCCCGAAACAGUGGCACUUUGUAGUCUUGACGUUGAAGCAUUAUACUCAUCUAUACCACACAAGGGGGGCAUUCAACAUGUUAAAUUUUACCUGGACAAAAGGGGUUCUGACCUUAAUGAUCACUCUAACUUUGUCUUGGAACUUCUUGAGUUUAUCCUCUGCCACAACUACUUCCUCUUCAAUGAAAAAUUCUACCAUCAGGUACAGGGCAAUGCGAUGGGGACGGCUUGUGCCCCAUCGUAUGCCAAUCUCCACCUAGGUUGGUGGGAGGAAGUAGUUGUGGCAUCUGAUGUUUUUUCAUCAUACAGGCCUUUUAUUCAUCAUUGGGCCCGUUAUAUUGAUGAUAUUUUGAUCUUGUGGACAGGUAGUAGAGAACUUUUUGAUGAAUUUGUAUCCCUAUCAAUAUCAAUGAGUUUAACAAUACUUCGGAGUUCAAUACACUUAAUUUCUUGGACCUUUCGAUCAUGGUACAGUGGUAAUUCCAUCACCACUACGCUGUAUAAAAAGCCCACAUCUUCUAACAGUCUCCUUCGUUGGGAGAGUUUUCAUCCCCAAUCUCUUAAACGUGACAUUCCGAUGGGGCAAUAUCUUAGAGCCCGUAGGAACUGCAGCGAUGUUGAGGAUUUUAAGCUUCAAGCUAACAUAUUGCGACAACAGUUCAAAAUGAAGGGCUAUCCUAAUAAAUGCCUAAAAAAAGCCUAUAGAAGGGCCUUAGAGGCAGACAGAGGCACUCUACUAUCCCCAAAAAUAGUGGAUACCUCCAUCAAACCUCAAGCCCCACGGAUGAUAGCCACUUACGAUUCAGGCUGGGAGGCUGUUAAGUUUGAGAUCCAAAAAUUCUGGCCGUGUCUGCUGGAUGAUGUUCACCUUAAAAGGCUCUUAGGGCCAAAUGUGGAUAUGACGGCACGUAGAGGCAAAAACUGUAGGAACCUUUUAGUCCCAAGCCAUUUCCAUCGUUCACCCACACGCACCUGGCUACACACCCCUACAGUGGGAUCAUACCAAUGUGGCCAUUGUGUCGCGUGUAAAUACAUCAAACGUGACUCUAAGUCUAUUAUGGAUAGCGAUGGUAAAAAGACUUUUGGGAUUAAAUUCUUUUUCAAUUGCAAUACUGCUGAUAUAGUCUAUCUCCUUACAUGCACCUGUAAGCUACAAUAUGUAGGAAAAACUUUCAGACCGUUUAAGGAGCGCAUUACGGAGCAUGUUAGAUCUCCAAAACUACCUGUUGAUACUCCCAUAGGUCGUCACCUGAAAGACUUCCAUGCGGGCAAUCCGCAGGGACUCCGGUUCUGUGGAUUGGAAUUUGGUGCGCAAGGAUAAACGUAGGGGUAACUAUGACAGAUUUCUGAGACAACGGGGAAAGCCUCUGGAUUCAAUCAACUUAGAACAUUUGCUAUUUAAGUAUACAGAUUUCUGGAUUUCUUUAACAAUUUUAUUCUCCGAUUUUUUUCAUUUAAUUAUUUCUUUACUGUGUGUAUUUUCCAUGCAUAAUAAUUUAUUCUUUCAUAUUUCAUUAUAUCCUCUAAUAUGGUGGUUUUUAUACUACAUUUUUUAUUUGGAUAUUUUUAUUUUUCAAGCAUCUCUUUAUUUUAAUUAAUGGAGCCACAUUUUCAUUUUUCUUAUUUAAGUCAAUACUAGUUUUUCUUUUUAUUUGAGUUUUUACAUUGCUUCCCUAAGGUUUAUUUACUAAUGGCAUUUUGCACACUGGGGGACGAAUUUGCAAAUAAGUAUCCAACAAUAGAGGGUUUAGGAUUUAAGCAGGCUUGUGGCAUCCAUAUGUUGCUUACAUCAUACACUAUAUAUUUAUUCAUAUAUUUAUUACUAUCUAUUUGGGGAAUGAUUUUGAAACAUAUCAUACUACAUUGUUUAACUUUGUUUUGGGGAAAAAUUAAUAAUAUAAUUUUAAACGUCAAUGAAAUUAUAUUUUGUUAUAAAAGGAUUAAUAAAGAGUCUUUUUGGCCUUUCUCCUCUUUUAAAAACGACCUUCAUGACGGUAGGCUUGUAUAUCUCAACCCGUCAUUACUCGGGUUAGCGGCUCAAUGGAUUUGUUCCAUUCCUAACCAAUGCUGUGUUUCUUUGUAAUUAUACAGAGAGUUCAUGCUUCCCAGUGGCAUAAAUAAGUUUUUGAGAAUAAACGUAUUAAAAUCUACGAUUGUGACUUUGAGGUGUUCGCUGUUUUUCUAACACAUGUGAAUUAAGCACAUUUACAGUAUCACACAAAUCAAAUAAUAUACUUAUGCUGUUAUAUGCAUUUUAAAUAGUUUCUAAUAAAAGUUACAUUUUAACACUAUUCCCUGCAAUGUAAGUAAUUAGCUCUGGUGUCUUUAUUUAACACAGGAGUUCCAUCACUGUUAUUAUGAAAUAUUGAUGUAAUAGACCUUGCUAGCUUUGCCAUGUUUGUGUUUUACACAUUAGAAACUUGCUAUAACCAAGAACAUUAAUGUUAUUAUUAUUAUAUUCUUUAUAAAGCGCCAACACGUUCCAUAGCGCUGUACAAUGGGUGGACUAACAGGCAUGUAUUUGUAACCAAAAGGAACAGAGAGAAUUAAGGGCCCUGCUCAAUAGCUUGCAUGCUAGAGGGAGUGGGGUAUAUGACACAAAAGGUAAGGGUGUGGUAGCCAUUGUACAGCGCUAUGGAAUCUGAUGGCGCUAAUAAAUAAUAGAUAAUAAUAAAAAUAAUAAUAGAAAAGUAGGUUGCUAGAAUAGUAUCAUUGAGGGCUUAGUGUUUUGAUGACAGUUGACAGGAGGGAAUCGGUGCGGGGAGGGAAAGCUGUUCACAGCUUAAUUAAUAUGUUUUCCUAAAGAAGUAAGUUUUCAGAGAUUUUUUUGAAGGAGUGGAAACUGGGUGAAAGUCUAACAGAGACGGAAAGGGCAUUGCAUAGGAACGGUUCAGCCCUCGAGAAGUCUUUAAGGCGACCAUCAGAGGUAAGUACGAACAGAGGUUGACAUAAGUCUCCGCAGAGAGUUUUGAGAAUAAGUAGGUCGGAUAUUAGAUAUUAGUGAGGAUAAUAGGUCGGAGCAGCAUUGUGUACAGAUUUAUAAGCAAGUAUCAGUAUAAGUAUCAAGUAUAAUAAGUUAUAUAUGUGUGAGUAUAAAUAAAGCAGAGGAUUAAUAUUUGGUACAUAUUUUUAUUUUGUUCACAUUUUAUUUGUAUGUUAGGGACCUUUGGAAGACGGAGGUCCAAGAAAUCAAAUUGUGCCAAAUUAGGUAGUUGCAUUAACCAUAUUGGGAUAGUCCCAUUUUUUACAUUUUAUGACAGUUUUUAUACUCCUUUCAGAAUAAUUUCAGAGUAUGCAUGGAUAUAACUUAUAGAGUAAAUACUAAUAAUACUACCACCAGCCAGCACAAGUAUUCCCGUCCGGUAGCAACAGAUUGGCCCUCAGUUAUCUUGCUGCUAAUUAAGACCUCUUCAUGCUUUCAUUCAGUCUAGAAUCUCCCUGCUGGUCGUAUUACAUACAUUCUUUAUGCGAGGCCAGUCCGCUGAGAGUGUCAGCCUAUAACGUGCAACCAGUGCAAGACUUCUGUAUUGAAGCUUUAGCUAUAGAGGAAGGGGCAGAGGGGUCUAAAUGAGGAGCAGUGUCUGGAGCACUUUGAGAUGAAACUGUUCAUUAAUGGUUUAUCCCUUUAGGAAACUAGAGUAGAAUGGGAAUGGAACAGAGUAUCUUAGCCUAUAAGUAUAUAGAUAAAACGCAACUUUUAUAAAGCAGUCUGAUAAAUGGGUUAUCAUAUGGCCAGAAGGUGGCAAUAUAACAGCACGAGAACAAAUGAAAAAAUCCAGGGGGGGGCCAAGCCACCUAAAUGGUGGGUUUUCACUAUAGGGUAAGAAAUAAAUGUUUGUGUUCCUGACCCUAUAGUGAUCCUUUAAUAAUGUUUAAAAACAGUGUUACUUUCUUUAUAUAGGUGAAGGCAAAAAGCCACGUUCAGGAGGAAUUAUUUGUAAGACCAAAAAUCCCAGACCUGGAGAAGAUGUCGUGUUAGCAUGUUACAUUAACGGACAGGAUGUAAAAAAUGGAGAGUUCUCUUGGUACAACGGGAUGUUCCCCAUAGAAGGCAACAUAAAAACAUUCAACACAAGUGAUGGCUCUGGCUGCAUCUCUGAAGUUACCUUUAAACCAAACAAAUCCGAAACUGAAUGUCAGAUCCGAUUUGAAGCUACCUUUAACUAUGAGACUAUUGAAGAAAAUUAUGUUCUUAAACUGUCUUGA